GAUAUUAGUCUUACCCGCAUUAAAUCAUGGUUAACCAAAAUCUGGUUUCCUAACUUAACAUCAGAACUACUGGAUGAGGUAAGGUCUUUAUUUAAUUCGAAUAAUGAAAAUACUAAUUGUGAUUACGAUGAUAAUUUUAACAAUACGGA